CGCUCAGGUGAUGCUUCUCUUUGUGGCAGUAGGAACAAGAUGGCUCCCGUGCUGGAGAAGAAGCUCCUGGGCGCCGGUGGGGCUAUUGACACCUUAGACAACAGCAAUGAAGACGAAGAAGGACAAAAUCUAUGGUCCUCUAUUCUGAGUGAAGUGUCCACCAGGUCGAGGUCGAAGUUGCCGUCCGGGAAGAAUAUUCUUGUUUUUGGAGAAGAUGGCUCAGGAAAAACUACAAUUAUGGCAAAGUUGCAAGGAGCCGAACACAAUAAAAAAGGGAGGGGACUGGAGUAUUUGUAUUUAAGUGUACAUGAUGAAGACCGAGAUGAUCAGACAAGAUGCAAUGUAUGGAUUCUGGAUGGAGACUUGUAUCACAAAGGCCUUCUGAAGUUUGCUGUUUCUGCAGAGUCGCUGAAAGACACCUUGACUGUGUUUGUUGCAGACAUGUCAAGACCAUGGUCUAUUAUGGAGUCGUUGCAAAAAUGGGCUAGUGUUCUCCGUGAUCACAUUGAUAAGUUGAAAAUUCCACCAGAGGAGAUGAGGGAAAUGGAGCAGAAAUUGGUGAAGGAAUUUCAGGAAUACAUGGAGCCUGAAGAUGCAACUCAGGGAUCUCCGCAAAGACGAGCACCUACAUUAUCAGGGUCAGAAGAUGACAGCGUUGUCCUUCCACUUGGUGAAAAUGUACUCACGCACAAUUUGGGCAUUCCAGUGCUAAUAGUUUGCACCAAAUGUGACGCAGUGAGUGUCUUAGAGAAGGAACAUGACUAUAAAGAAGAGCAUUUUGAUUUUAUCCAGUCCCAUAUCCGAAGAUUCUGCUUACACUAUGGAGCGGCCUUGAUUUAUACUUCAGUUAAAGAAGAAAAGAAUUUGGAUCUUCUUUAUAAAUACAUUGUACAUAAAAUGUAUGGCUUCCAAUUUACCAUUCCUGCCUUAGUGGUAGAAAAAGAUGCAGUUUUCAUACCUUCUGGAUGGGACAAUGAGAAGAAAAUAGCUAUUUUGCAUGAAAAUUUCACAACAGUUAAACCAGAUGAUGCUUUUGAAGAUGUCAUCGUAAAACCACCUAUUAGAAAGUUGGUACACGACAAAGAAGUGGCAGCAGAAGACGAGCAAGUUUUCCUUAUGAAACAGCAGUCAUCAUUAUCCAAGCAGCCUGCUACUCCAACAAGAGUAACGGAACCCCCACCAAGAGCUCCUACUGGUUCUCCUCGACCUACAGGUCGCUCUGGCCCAGCAAAUGUUGCCAGUGUCUCCCCAAUGACAACUGUGAAGAAACCGGAUCCUAAUAUGAAAGGAGCUGCAGCGAAUGAGGGUGUUUUGGCAAACUUUUUUAACAGCCUGUUGAGUAAAAAAACAGGCACCCCUGGUAGUCCCAGUGCUGGAGGUGUUCAAAGCUCAGCCAAAAAAGCAGGACAGAAGCCAGUUUUGACUGAUGUUCAAGCAGAGUUGGACAGAAUGACCCGGAAGCCAGAUUCCAUGGUUACAACCAACAACACUUCCCCAGCAGACAAUGAAGCUUGAAGGUGUCUGCUCCCCUUGGGAAACGAUAAAAAGGACUGAACCAAAAUAUAACUUUAAUCACCAGUUUAAAAAAGAACAGACUUCCUCCAAGAAAGCAGAUGUUAUAUAUAUAUUUUUUAUUUUAUUUUUUAUUUUUGGAAAGGCUACAUUUGAGGGAUUGAGCUGACUUAAAAGGCAUCAAUUAUGUUUAACAUGUCUUGUGGCAUAUAUUUUAUGCCGCCACUGUAAGGUAGCAAAACACCCACGUACUUCCUCUACUUCAUCUGCCGCACUCAGAAAACUGGUGAUUUUAUGUUUGUGCAAUGGGCCUUGUGGAAGAAUACAUGUAAACCAUUAUGAUGGCAAAAAAGACCUGACUGUUUUGAAGAAACUAAAAAAGAAACAUGAUAGCCAGGUAAAUGUAAAGAAAUAAACGGCUUAUGGAAAAUGUAUUUAUAUAUAAAUUAGACCUUUUUUUAUUUUGCAUUGUAAUGAAUUAGCUGCAUUAAUUAGUCUUGAGUCUCCAGUAUCCUCAUGACACUAACUUGAAAAUAGUGGCUUGAAUAAUGGUAUGUAUGAAAUUGAUGGUCAGAAGGAAAAGAAAAUAUGGAUGGUCAAUGAAAGUAGAAUUUUGUGGUUUAUGUAAAUAUCAUCAAAUUGUUGCAGUAUGUAAUACUAACAAGGUGUGAUUGGUCCUAUACAAAACAGAAAAUGGACAGUUGCAUUUUAGUUCAGGUUUAUGAAAUAUUGUUGUCACUGGAAGGCCAAUCAGCUAAUAAGGGGGAGGUAAUUUUCUUCUGUGGCUACAAGUGCCUGACACAGUGUGUCAUACCAGGUGCUUGUUUCAGUUAUGCACUGUUGUACAAGCAGUCACUUAUAUGUAUUAUUCGUUUCUUUUUUUUAUUUAUUUUUUGUUUAUGACACCAGUCUGCAAAUUUAUAAGAAUGCUUUUGUAAAGCUGUUGCCUAGGUGAAUUCUUUUGAACGUAUCAUUGGGCAUACUGCCUAUUAUUGUUAUGGUGGCAGCAUUUCAAAAUUCACUAGCAAAAAUCAGCAUUGGCACCUGGUAAGAAUCAUUAAGUAGACUUCUAACAUGUUACUUUUCAUCUUGGUUUGAAUAUUUUGAGUUAAACCAGAAAGCUUAUAAAUAUGAAAAUAAAGCUAGCUUUUAAUGGUCUGCCAAAAAGGAAGAUUAAAAAAUGUCAGCAAGAAAAAGUUUAAUAAUACUUUAACCCUCAGACUAUUUAAAGACCUAAUCCUGGCAACUCAUAGUUGCCUACUAAAGUGAACAUCUUUUUAAUUUUUUUUUCUUCCAAACCUGUAUGCAUUAUGAAAUAAUUUCUGUAAUGUUUUUGUUUUUGUUACAGGAUUUGCAAGUCACUAUUAAUUUUGCUAAGUUUAAUAUAUUUUGGAUUAUUUGUGAUCAGAAGAAACAUGUUAGAAGGUAAAGUCACUGUAACUAGUUAUUCCAGUGCAGCUACCUGCAUUUAUAACACAACAUUUUCUAACCUGCCUAAUUUAAUUAAGGGUUCACUCAUGCACACACCCUCACUCAUACGGGGCCAAUUUUGAAUCGCCAAUAACCUUACAUGUACAUCUUUUGAAGACAUGGGAAGAAAAUGGAAGUACCCAGAGAAGAACCCAUGCAGACACAGGGAGAACACGCAAACUCCUUAGAGAUGGUGACUGGUUAUGAAAUUUGAUCCUAGGAUGCUGGAUCCAUGAGGCAGCAGUGCUAACCACUAUGCCACUUUGUCUGCAAUUGUAGGUUUUCUAAUUGUGAGACAAGUUAAACUAACCGAUUGAGGUGUGUCAUCCUAGAUGUUUUAGAGUAGAAUAUUUACUCUUUUUAUUGUUGAUCUCAGUGUUAACACAAUGAAAGGAACUUAUCAUAAGGAUAUGCAGAUAGAAUCCUUCUGUACCCUUCAGUUUCAGGCACAUCAAGUGACCCGUAUGUUGUAAAUUUAAAGAAAAUGCAUUCAUUUCUUCUUGAAGCAGUAUCUUCCAAAAUAUCUGCCUUCAGAUGCCUACAUAUUCCCAUCCUCACCCUGGCCCUAAAAAGUGGGAAAGCUUACUAAAAUACCGAAAACCGAAACUAUGGUAGCAGCCAAAGAUGCUUGGUUUUUAUUCUCUUAUUCUGCUUUGAAUAAAACAUGUUGCACUAUCAACCUUGAAUAAUAAUUGCAACAUUUCAGUUUGCUUUGUAAAACACUUUGAAGUAGUGCUGGGACAGGUGUUUUAUCAAAUUGAGUGAACAUCCUAAUCCAACAUUCCAAAUUUUAUGCUUGGUGAAAAGGCACAUAAAUGUAAUGUUUAGACACUCAGUUUUCUUUUUUAUGUAAUUAUAUUAUGAUAAACAUAAGACUACAAGGCAAGUUGUGUGGAGUCUUAUUUUUAGUUGCAUGAACCAGUUUAUUGAUCAGAAGCAAACCAGUCCCCCUUUAAUGAAUGGUAUGUCUGGAUCUGUUAAGUUGCAAAUAUAAUAAUUUACCUGUGUUUAAAAGUACUUAAAUGCAGAGACUGAUGCUUAAAGUGAAAGCACAAUGAUUAAAAUUGGAGCAUUUAUUUGCAUUUAAACAUGUCUGUGUGCCAGGCAAGCACUUAAAAAUGUGGAAUAAUGUAUAAGAAGUCUCUUUAUAAUACAAUUUUGCAUAAAUGUUUUAUUUUGGAGUUUAAAAACAUUGUGGUCCUGUAAUUAACAACCUGCUUGCUUAGCUCUUUGCAUUUCACACACAAUGAUUGAGAUGUACAAUAUAUUCUGAUUUCCACAUGAUAAUGGCAGUGAUUUAGAGACAGACUUCUUCAAGCAUUUGCUCCAGUUUCAAAAACAGUUAUUAAUUUCAUAGUGGAAAUUUGCUGAAAAUGUAUGGCUGCUAUUGCCUGCCGUCCCUUCUAUACAUUUUAAGCUUUUCAUUGUUUUAUUUUAUUAAUAUUAUGGAAAUGUGCCCCAUGUUUGUCAUUGAUUUAGCAUUUUGUUGCAAUGGUCUGUGCCCAUUAUUUAUCAAAAUGUUGCCAUCUUUGGAAUCCUGCAUCGUUUGGUUACCAGUAUUUGCAGGAGUUAGAAACCAAAGUGCAGAAACACUUAACAGCCUUCAAUUUUUGUCUAAAGUAAUAACAUUGGACAUUAAUGUUUGUAUACAGGGAUGUAAUUAUGUUGUAGAACUGUUUAGCCCUGAAGCAAAUGUAAAUGUUUUUAGUUUUAUUAUUUUAUUCAGUUAAUGUCAUAUGAAGAACAGUUUUCAUCUAAUACAGGUCUGGCUUAAUAAAGACGGUUUUGUAUCUGGCAUAAGCAUUCAAUAAACUCAAUUUUCUUGCUGCUAA